AUGGUAGCUUUUUUAGGGGGGGAUACCCUUGAGGAGGAUUCGAGAGACUUUUCCGGGAAGGGGGGAAUAAGGGGGAAGGGGGGAAUAAAGGGGGGGGGGGAUGUUGAGGAUGUUGAGGAUGUUGAGGAAGUUGAGGAUGUUGAGGGUGUUGAGGAUGUUGAGAUCCAGACAGACAGACGCGCUGGAGCCGGCGGCGUGGCUAGGCAGGGCAGGGCAGGACAGGACAGGACGGGACAGGACAGGACAGCGCAGGGCAGGACAGGACAGGACAGGACGGGACAGGACAGGACAGCGCAGGACAGCGCAGGACAGGACAGGACAGGACAGCGCAGGACAGGACAGGACAGGACAGCGCAGGACAGGACAGGACAGGACAGCGCAGGACAGCGCAGGACAGGACAGGACAGCGCAGGACAGGACAGGACGGGACUUACGAAUUAUAUGUGA